AUGGUUAUAUUCUUUAAGUCACACCUGGUCACAUUCUUAACAACAAAACGAAAAGCCAUAAAUGGAAGAAUCCGCUCUUACAAACCAGGCCAUUGCCGAGUUAAUGCUCGAGAUCGAGGCCCCAAAAUCACAUACAGUAGCUUCAAGCAAAGCGAACGCAAGGUGAAUCCUCUGGGCAAAACCAACAAACGCUUUUUGGGCCGCACCAUUAUUACGGCCAUUCGCCAUAAUCGACGGGAGAAAGAGCGAACACAGGCGAAUUGCCGUCAGAAGCUUAAGGAUCUGGAUGAUAUACACGAGAGAAGAAAGUCAAACUACUUUUACAACCAAGAAGCCAUCAGAACUCGCAGAACCCGGAGCACAAGUCGUAGUUCCAGCAGCAGCCGCACUGCCAGUAGAAGCCGUAGUCGACGUCGCGUCAAGAAGUCCAAAAAGCGACGUAGCAGAAAGAGAAGCAGCACGAACAGCAAAAGCCCUAGUCGCAGUCGCAGCCGUUCCCAUCGAAAGAAGAACAAAAAGAAGACGAGAAAACAUAGAAAAUCUCAUCACAAGAGCAGGCGUCGCAGCAGCAGCAGCAGUAGUCGCGAUCGGAACUUUCACCAAGAGUUCAUAUACCCACCGCCGUUCUACACCCACGGAUGUGUACUUGAACAUUCCAAGCAAAUGGCUUUGGCCGUGGCCAUGGCCUAUGGCCAGGUCUUAAAAGCAAAUACUAAGGCUACAGCCGAAGAACGUGAAUCUUCGCCCAUGAGCGAUAUAGUCAAGGAGCUCAUGUCCGAUGGAGAGGAUGAGAACCCAGGUCCAAUUGACGUCCUCUCAAUUUCAUCGAACGACAUAGGAGAUAAUGUCCUUACCUUCGAUGUAAGCUCGAACUCCGCGUCCGACAGCGAUUCCUCAACAGAAAGUUCGGAUACAGCCGCUUCCAGCGCUGGCAGCUGUAUAGCUCUGGAUCAAAUGGAUAACAAUAAUAGUGAUAUAGAGAUAAUUGAAUGCCCAUACGAUAAGGAAAAGAAGGUACCUGAGGCCGUUAAUAAAAAGCAAAAGGUGAGGGAAAAUCCCGGGCUCGACUCUGUGGACCUGACUGGAGAUUAAGUAGCUUGGAUUUUAUUAGAAUAAUUAUUUUUUUCCCAACAUCAUAGCAUAUAUAGUAUAUGAAUUCUUUGAGGUAUGCUGCCAUCUUAUUAAUUUGAUUUAAAUGUAUAUAAUAAUGUUAUAGAAAUAUGUUAUAAGCUCAUGCCAUUAUUUUUUAUGUUAGUUUCCCCUCAUUAAUUAAGUCAAAGAGACUGAUUAAAAGCUUGUUAAAUGAUUGUACAAGAAAAAUGUCAAGAGAUUGAGAUUAAAUUGAAUUAGUAGUACUUAAAAAUCAGAUAAACCUAAAUUGAACACUUCCAGAAAUUAAGAUUAUAUUCUUAUAUGAAUAACAAUUAAAUAAUUCAUUACCAAACUCCUGUGAAAACUCAAA